CGGUGGAGGCCCAGUGCGUCCAGCCCCACCCAGCACUGACCUCUCUGUCACACACCUGGCCCGCUCCCUUUCCAAGAUGCUGUUUUGGCACAACCAGCUGGAGCACCUGUGGCCCAGUCCCGGGGAAUUGUACCCAGGGCCGCCAAGCAGCUUGCUCAGGGAGUCCCUGCCCUUGCCCUACCUGAAGCAGGAGGAGCUGCCCAACAUCCCCAGCAUGGAGCCUCCCUGCCCCUCAUUCCAGUACGUGCUCUGUGCGGCCACCUCACCAGCCGUGAAGCAGCAGGAGGAGGCCCUGACCUACCUGAACCAGGGCCAGUCCUAUGAGGUGCAGAUGCUCUGCAACUCCAAGCUGGGUGACGCCACCCAGUGGCCGCGGCUGCUGAAGAGUGUGGUGCGUGUGGUGUUCCAUGACCGGCGCCUGCAGUACACGGAGCAGCAGCAGCUGGAUGGGUGGAGAUGGAGCCGGCCUGGGGACCGCAUCCUGGACAUUGAUGUGCCAUUGUCCGUGGGGGUGAUAGAACCCCAGGUGCUGCCCUCACAGCUCAACACAGUGGAGUUUCACUGGGAUCCGACCAAGAGGACCUCUCUCUUCCUGCAGGUUCACUGCAUCAGCACUGAGUUCACUCCUCGGAAAAAGGGUGGAGAGAAAGGCGUCCCCUUCCGCCUCCAGAUUGACACUUUCAAGCCCAGUGACAAGGGGCUUCCACCUGAACACCUACAUUCAGCCAGCUGCCUCAUCAAGGUGUUCAAGCCCAAAGGAGCUGACCGGAAACUGAAAACCGACCGGGAGAAGGUUGAGAAACAGCCCCUGCACGAGAGAGACAAGUAUCAGGCUGCCUGUGAGAGCACGGUCUUUGUGGAGUGUUCACCAUGGCCAGAGCCCAGUGCAGAGCCCCACCUGCCUCUCAGCCCUCAGGCUCUGACCUCCCCCCACUCCUGCAAACUCCUGUCCCCGGAGCGGCUCUGCUGCUCACCACCAUUCAUCUUGGACACUUUGGGGGGCAGCCCAGCUGAGGAUCUGAACCCUGGAGCCUCCAUCCUGGAGACGCAGCAGUGGUUACAUCGCCACCGGUUCUCCAGCUACUGCCGGACACUAGCCAAUUUCACAGGCACCGAUCUGCUGAAGCUUACCCGGCAGGACCUUAUCCAGAUCUGCGGGGCUGCCGACGGGAUCCGCCUUUUCAAUACUCUUAGAGCCAGGCCCAUCCGUCACCGGCUGACUUUAUAUGUGGCUCAGGAGGCCUCUAGGCAAGAGAACGAGGUUCCUAAGAUCCCUGAACCAGGUUUUUAUCAAGAGAUUUCUCUGGAUGAACUCAGCGCCAUUGAACUGAUGGGAAAACUGGCAGAGCUCUUGAACCUCCCAGCCAAUCAGAUCCACCGCCUCUUCCAUCAGGGCCCUGGGGGUAUCCUCAUUCUCCUUAGUGACCAGGUGGUUCAGAAUCUUAAGGAUGAAUCGUACUUUGUGGCCGUGGUGAAAAAAGUGCAGAAUCCAGAUGGCUACUACCUGGUGCUGACCUAAGCUCAGGGACGCCCUGCUGCAAGAGGAAACUGAUGCCAGCCUGGUUCUCCAGAAAAUCCUCGAUGCUUCCCCAGGCUCCAGGUGAAGAGCCGGACCGUCCUGUAUCCCUCCCCUGGGGAGGCAGCAAGCAGCCCCCAGGCUCACAUUUCUUACUGCUCGGCAGCAAGUUAUUAGAACCUGGGACACAGCUUCCCAAGAUGAGCUAAACUGGCCAAGCCUUGUGAGGCAAGAAACCUGGCAAUAUGGAUGAGCUUUUGCCCCAAGCAGUGCUGCUGAACAAUGAGUGAAUUUGUGUUUAAAAUUCUACUCGCCCCUUUUUUGCAAAUUAAUUUAAACAGGGCUGAUCCAACAUGGACAACUGCUUGUACCCCUGUAACCCCGGCGGCCUCACCCAAAUUACCAACCCAGACCAGGCCUUUACCACGUGCAGAAUGAGUGGAUUUCAAG